GAUAGACGGGAGUUAUUAGGGUUUUGCAGCCCCUCCCAUCUCCUCAUUCAAAGAACGGCUUGAGCAAAACCUCAGGCUUUGAGCUAGCACAGCCGCAUUUUCAACAAGAUGGCUAGAGGGUUGAAGAAACAUUUGAAGAGGCUCAAUGCCCCUAAGCAUUGGAUGCUUGACAAGCUUGGUGGUGCUUUUGCUCCCAAGCCAUCAUCUGGCCCCCACAAGUCCAGAGAAUGCUUGCCUCUGAUCCUCAUUCUGCGAAACAGAUUGAAGUAUGCUCUCACAUAUAGAGAAGUCAUUGCUAUUCUUAUGCAGAGGCAUGUUAUGGUAGAUGGAAAGGUUAGGACAGAUAAGACCUAUCCUGCUGGUUUCAUGGAUGUUGUUUCCAUUCCUAAAACAAAUGAGGACUUCCGUCUACUUUAUGACACCAAAGGGCGUUUCCGUCUCCAUGCUAUCACUGGUGACGAAACCAAGUUUAAGCUUUGCAAGGUUCGAUCCGUCCAGUUUGGCCAGAAAGGAAUUCCAUACCUCAAUACAUAUGAUGGACGUACUAUCCGCUACCCGGACCCUCUGAUCAAGGCUAAUGACACCAUCAAGCUGGACCUUGAAAGCAACAAAAUUGUUGACUUUAUUAAGUUUGAUGUUGGGAAUGUUGUCAUGGUCACUGGAGGAAGGAACAGAGGUCGUGUUGGAGUAAUUAAGAACAGGGAGAAGCACAAGGGUAGCUUUGAGACAAUCCAUAUUCAAGAUGCUGCUGGACACGAGUUUGCCACUCGUCUUGGUAAUGUCUUCACAAUUGGAAAAGGAACAAAGCCAUGGGUUUCACUUCCUAAGGGCAAGGGUAUCAAGUUAUCCAUCAUUGAGGAAGCUAGGAAGAGGCUUGCAGCCCAAAAUGCUGUUUAAACUUUAGCAUAAGGUACCCAGAUAUGUUUUGCUGUGGUAGUAUUUUCUGGAGAUACUAGGUUUCUUGUUUUUAACUUAUGAGCACAAUUUUGAAAACCAUUUUGUUCUUGCAAUUUAAGUCCUUUUCAGUUGGGUGAUGUUAGUGACAUAUCAGGCUAUGAAUUAUCGAAAACUUGGUUGUUGUCGUGAAUAUUUCUGAUUUAGUUGGUUAAUUGAGAGAGUUGCUUCUGCCACCCUUU